AUGUACACCAUUGGAUCAGAUCAAGAUUUUGCUGUUCAAAUGGCAGCAUCAUUACAACAAUUACCCUACCGUUCAGCAUUCUACAUGACAUCACCAUUUCUCAUUUCGAAUUUAAAAACAUCGACCACAUCAUCGAGUCAUCUAACACAGAAUCAUCAUUUUGGUAAACGUGUGAGAAAAAAUGACAAAUAUUCUUCGAAGAAGCAUGUCAAUAAAUAUCAUAAAGAUUCGUCAACAAAACAAUUGUCAAAUUCUACUAAUCGUCCUGCUAAAAAGUCAUUUGAUAUUGAAUCACUGCUGGAACAACAUAGUGUUACCGUCUACAAUGAUCGUCGUUUUAAUACAAGUAUCAGUGGUAAUGAUACAUUGGAUAAUAGUGUCGAUGAUGAUAGUGAAAGUGUUGCCACUAGUCCAUUUCGUAGUCCAAUAUCAUCAUACGCAAUUUACAAUCAAUUAAAAUCAUUACAAGAACAAGACAUUGCAUCCUCCGAGAAUCUAUGUAAUCGAAAAACAUCACCAUUAACAACACCACGUCAGAAUGGUACAAGACCAAAACGUAUUCGAACUAUAUUUACACCUGAACAAUUAGAACGUCUUGAAGCUGAAUUUGAAAAACAACAAUAUAUGGUAGGAAAUGAACGAUAUUAUUUAGCUACAACAUUAAAUUUAUCCGAAGCACAAGUUAAAGUUUGGUUUCAAAAUAGACGAAUUAAAUGGCGACGACAAUCAUUAGAAGAACACCAACAUCGUUUAACAUCAUUAUCAAUUGGGUCAACAUCAAAACAACAUGAUGACUCAAAAUAUGACGAAAAUCAUACUGAAGAAAAUGACAUUGAUAUUGAUGAGUCAACCAAUAAUGAAAAUCAGUUAGGGAAUAUUUAA